AUGUUCAAAUUCUUUUCGGUCAUUAGAAAGUUGAGUGGCGGCUCUGCAAAUGUCAAUGCGGGAUUACGCGGGCAGGAGGAGGAAGAAGAGGAAGAGUUAUUGGCGGAAUUUACGAAAUUUCUCACUUUGCCUUCAUGUGAAGGGAUUCGCGUGGAAUUGGAAAAGCUUGAGAGUCAAUGCGAGGUGUCAAACCACGUGCAUCAUCCCCAUUCCCCAGACUCCGGCCUUGAAAGGUCUGUGUUGCAUCUUCUUCGGACGGAGUCUUUUCAACCAGCUUUACCAUCACGGCUGGUGGCACUACUGCUGCGACGUCUGGAGUCUUGUUUCACAGGCUCCGAUGAGACAGAAAUUACUGGCUUUUUGCAGGACUCUCUACCCACCCUGCAUGCAUUACUUAUGACAGAUGCGUCAAGGUUUGGGACAACGAUGUUGGCGCUGGGAAUUGAUAAUCACUUGUUGCUGGUGCUUCAGUUUGUUCGCGCGAAGUUGAUCAAUAGAACUCUCUCUGGGACGAAGGCGCCGAUGAAUAUUACAGCCACUCAAACAAAGGAACAGGAAGAAAAUUCUUUUGAGACUGAGACAAAUUUCUCGUUAAAUACCACGUCGCAACCCUCUCUUGCACGGCGAUGCGUGCUGGUACGUAUUCUUUGUGAAACAUUGCGACUGUUAUUGGCCAUCCAUGUGAGCCCUACGGCCACUGCGGUCAGUGUCACGGGGAUCUCGCACAUUCUGUUAGAGAAGGGAGUGACCCGUUAUCGAACAGACAGCAACUUCUUGACCUCAUCGGCAGCGCCACGGUUGAUUUCUCCCUCCACCACGGGGGUGACAUUUGGGGGCUGGGGUUCUGGAGAUUCUCUUGCAACAAUUGAUGGCAUGUUAACAGAGUGUGGACAUCUUUUCUUGUACUUCUCAAAGGGUGCAUUGGACUUACACGUACCGGCGGAUGAGGAAGACGAAGAAGAGGAGGAAGAGGGAGAACUGGUUGCGGAGGCUAUCUGCUCUCUGGUUCUUCUCAUAUCCAAUUUAUAUCAGGAGCCCAGUGAAUUGAUCAUUCACAUCACACUCUCCGGUAUUGGCGUUCAGCUUGCCCGAUUUCUUGUAGCAGAGGAGCCGGGAAAGUCGCUUUUGUUGCUGCGAGAACUAUCUUUUGGUCUGUUGCUUGUCUCGAAAUUUAUGCGGGAGUCUCCUCUGGUGACUGUUCAGGCGAUGAGUUCGGUGUAUUUUUUCGACAAUUUGGUCGGCACGUUACAGAUAUUGGGGCAACAGUACGAGUGUGCACGCAUGGACGAAAGCUACGCGAGUGCACGAGAGGAUGCUCUCAAGGAACUGCUCUCCGUCGCGAAUCUGGAGGCAUUUCGCGUGCGGAAGCUUUCUGAAAAGGUCAUUCACCUAUCCCGCCCACGCUUUGACAGGCUUGCGGAGGAUAAUACCGUGGACGAGUUUUUGCAUUGCUAUAUUGGCUUGCUAGAGACACAGCGCUUUGUGAAGUCGAAGAUGGAAGUGCGACGGGAUCCGGCAAUUCUUCGGGUUUUUGCGGAAAUUGAGCUGACACUUAUAAAGGCGUUUCUGGAUAGCCCCACUUCUCUCUCCCCUGCAUCCUGCAUGUACGAGACACUGAUGAAGUACACCAUUGCCUCCCUCCCCUUGCACGAAAUGGGAAAGCCAGAGAAGCGGCAUGUUACUCUCAUAAGACCUUUGAUUAACGCUGGAUUGUACCGCAUUUUGUUUUAUGAGCCAACCUUCAAGUCAUUUCGACAUGAUCCACGCCUGUGCUACGCGGCAGUUUAUCUGUUACACUACAUGCUUAUAUACCCCUUGCUUUCAUUGGAGGACCACGUGGAGGACGAGGUGGGUAUCAUUCUGGAUGCAUUUCUUAGCAAUGAGGCGGAGGAACAUUCCCAUGAGUUGCCGGAAAAAUCCGCAGUCAUGUGCGCGAUUUUGCUCUCCGCCGUCUGCGGUCCCAAUGCGACACAUGUUUUGAACUCCCUCAUGCAGCGAAACGGGAUAGCGAUGUUUGCCGCGAUUAUUACUAGGUCUAGUAUCUCAGAUAGCCGUAAACAAGAAAAAGAGGGUGGUGGCAGUAGUGGCGGCGUUAUUGUUGGUGAAUGGGUGACAUAUCUUCUUACGCAGCUAUUACGUCAGCCCGAGGUGCAGCGGAGUGUGCUCGUAGAUCAAGCCGACGUUGCAUUCUCGCUUCUUAGCGUAAGAGGAAUCCGAAAAAAUGUGGAGCAGAUGGUGGUGUCACUUCUUUCCCAUCGCUGCGUUGAGGCCGAGUAUUCACAGAGGAUGACGCCGCUGGUAAAAUGCACCUGGGAGUUUGUUAGUCAAUGUAUGAAAAUACAGCAAGGGGAACCCCUUAUCGCCACACUCAUUGAAGCAGAUGAUGAGGAUUCACUUUUGCUUUCCAUAUUAUACUGUAUUCGUGCGUCCAUUCGUGCUCUCGCUGCAGACCUGCCAUGUUGGGGCUCGGUGCGGCAACUACAAAGUGUCCUGUGUGGUAGUGUCACUGACGCCCCAGACCCGUUUCUUUGUCUUCUGCAUCGAGUAGUCCUGCCGUGGCAUGGGGUGCGAGCAUCACACGGUCUGUCGUCUAUUCUGCACACAAUUACCAUGCUUGUGCAAGGAAAUCCAGCGUUGCGCGUCCGUCUCUUUCAGACCAUGGACGCAGAACAGCUGGUGACGUGUUUUCAGAGCGCAUGGUUUUCUUCACGUGGGGGGUCGUGGCUGCAGUUUGUUCACAGCAUUCUUGCGCUUGUCUACGAGGAGGAAGGU